ACCUAAACUUGAGGGCCCUCGUGACAAAUUUAACCAUAACGUGUAAAUUCUUCGACUCCGAAUCGCACAUUCGGCCGCCGCAAUUCCUCUCGCUCGAUCGAACGAUCGACGAAAAGUGCGGAGCUUACGAGUUUUAAUCCCACAUGUUCUAUGUACUCAACAGUACGGAAUUGGUACCUUUUUUGAAUGAAAAUAAGUAAUUCGGAGCAUAAGAAACCAACGUAUUACAUGUCUCAUCAUAAGCAGCGUCAUGUCUUAUCAUAAGCGCGACGCUGACGUCCUUGAUGAGAACUCGGUGACAAAGAGGUCCAAAGGUAGUGACACGGCUGUGCAGGACGUAGAAAAGGAGAGGGAGAAUCGAGAUAUCGGCAUUUUCGCAAAAAGUUCCACUCUCUCUGUUGAAGGAAACGGACGAAAUGGAAGUGUUUCUCAACCAGAGUGCAAAGAUAAAGAUAACAGAAUUCCGGAAUGCAGAGGUUCUUCGGAAGAAACAAUUGCAUGUGAUUCGAAAGUGUCAAAUGAGAAAGAUGGCAAAUCAACCUCUAUCGAAGCUGAUGCUGCAGAAGACAAGGGAUGCAGACACACUAUGGAGGAUGCUUGGGUGGUCCUUCCAGAUGCUAGCUCGGAAUAUCCUGGAAAAUUGAGAUGUGCACAUUUUGCAAUUUACGAUGGGCACGGCGGUCGCUUGGCAGCAGAUUUCGCACAGAGACAUUUACAUGCUAAUGUUCUUGCAGCAGGAUUACCACGUGAGUUGAUGGAUAUAAAAGCUGCGAAGAAGGCCAUCCUUGAAGGUUUCCGAAGGACUGAUGAAUCUUUGCUUGAAGAAAGUGCUAAAGGGAACUGGCAAGAUGGUGCAACAGCUGUAUGUGUCUGGGUCCUGGGCCAGACGGUCAUGGUUGCUAAUAUUGGAGAUGCGAAAGCAGUGCUAGCGAGGUCGUCCUCCGCUGAUCAGCGUUUAAAGGCCAUUGUUUUGACAAGAGAGCAUAAGGCCAUCUAUACGCAAGAACGUACCCGUAUUCAAAAAGCUGGAGGGUCUGUCGGUUCCAACGGAAGAUUACAAGGUCGCCUGGAAGUUUCUAGAGCCUUUGGAGAUCGCCAAUUUAAGAAGACUACCCAUGCAGGUGGGAGUGAUUGCAACUCCAGAUAUUCACUCUUUCGAACUUACAGAAAAGGAGCAGUUCAUCAUUCUUGGUUGCGACGGCUUGUGGGGGGUUUUCGCACCGAGUGAUGCUGUGGAGUUCGUUCAAAAACAGUUAGAGGACACUGCAUCGGCUACUACUGCGGCUCGUCACCUGGUGAAAGAAGCUAUCCGUGAACGACGUUGCAAGGAUAACUGCACCGCGAUAGUCAUUGUUUUCAAGCACUAAUUCUUCAUUUGUCGCGAAGAAGGUUUGCUGCAUUUUCGCUUCCAGCUUCAUGACUAUUCGCCUCUUAACUAGUUUUAAAGAGACCGUUGCUCGAACAUUUAUAGAUAUAUUAGUCCUAAAAUCCUUCUUGAUUCUAGAAUAGGAGAUUCUGAGGUAGCAUACAAGUGAUCCAAUCAAUGGUAGGGUUAAAUGUGCUCUCCUUGAACUGUAUUGAUGUACUUCGGAAACGAUUUGUGUGACAUGAAAUAGAAUUAUACUGCUUUUUUAUCAUUUGCUCUCA